AUGCGCGGACGAAGCUUCGUCGGCGAGUUGCCUCAGCUUAUGGUCCUCCCGAGAUUUGGGCCGUGUACCACGGGCUCACGGUGGGCCCAAACUCCGCCUCCCGGAGGCGUCACCAGGUGGCUAAGCCCAGUGACCGACCCGCUCUUCGAGAGGUCGCGGUCAGAACCUCGACCACCGCCACCAAGGCGUCACCAGGUGGCUAAGCCCAGUGACCGACCCACUCUUCAUGAGGUCGCGGUCAAAACCUCUCAACGCCCUAAUCCCCGUAGGUUUCGGUGCGUCCGCGCCCCGGGCGCCGACCCCGACUGGUCAUUUCCCUUUUAG